CCCGUGGUAUUUAUAGCUCGUAUUUAAAGAGCCCCUGGGAGUCUCCGGCUCAGGCCUAUGAGUGUGGGACCGGCAGCGCCGCCUCUUCUUCCCUCCAGCCCGUGAGUCUGGGCCUCUCUCCCGGGAGAAAUGAAGCCGUGAGCCCGAGACAGCAGCGAAUUUGGGGCAAGAUGACGGAGUACAAGCUGGUGGUGGUUGGUGCUGGAGGUGUAGGGAAGAGUGCCCUGACCAUUCAGCUCAUCCAGAAUCAUUUUGUGGAUGAAUAUGAUCCCACCAUAGAGGACUCGUAUAGGAAACAAGUGGUGAUCGAUGGGGAGACGUGUCUGUUGGACAUUCUGGACACUGCGGGGCAGGAGGAAUACAGUGCAAUGCGGGACCAGUAUAUGAGGACCGGCGAGGGCUUCCUCUGUGUCUUUGCCAUUAAUAACAUCAAGUCCUUUGAGGAUAUUCACCAUUAUAGAGAGCAGAUCAAGCGAGUGAAGGAUUCGGAGGACGUGCCGAUGGUUCUGGUGGGGAACAAGUGCGACUUGCCCUCCCGGACGGUGGACACCAAACAAGCCCAGGACUUGGCCAGGAGUUACGGGAUUCCUUUUAUCGAGACCUCGGCCAAAACCAGACAGGGCGUGGACGACGCUUUCUACACGUUGGUCCGAGAAAUCCGCAAGCACAAAGAGAAGAUGAGCAAAGACGGCAAAAAGAAGAAGAAAUCAAAAACGAAGUGUAGCAUUUUGUGAAUAAUCUCCCCCUUGCCGUUGAGUCUAGGCCUGCCCACCGGGAUAACCUUGUACAUUACACUAAAUUAUUCACGUUUGUUUACCGAUUUAAUCUUGUUGUUGUUGGUCGGUGCCGGUGAUCCGCACUAAAUCCGGUUCUGCGCAUGGAACGCACGUUUUGCCAUCAUUUGAGCUUUUGUUGCUUCCAAAUAUCUAAUCCGAUUAGCGGCUUUGGAUUUCAGAUGAUCCCUAAUGCCCGUGGCGUAUAAUGCAAUACACUAGUCGGCCGUCCGCUGACCAUUCAGGUAUCUCGGCACAAUGUACUGCACCCUGGUCUCGGUUCUGCAGGAGCCGCGUUGCUUCGCGUCGGUUUAACGGCCGCAGGUUUACAAGUGCGCAUAGAGUUGGUAGCAAAUACCCAAUAAAGUGAAAACUGUACUCAAAAUGUGACGGAAUGGUGCUAUGAGAAGUGACAACGCUCUUUUUCUAUACUUGUAUAUAAUCCCGACGCUCCCAUCAGUAAGGACUCCUAUGGGAAUUCCAUGGUUACGGAUUAACCUGGCAGCUAAAGUGGUGUGCCAAUACUAAGAAUGGAAGGGGUGGGGGGGUGUCUGCUUGCUCCCUGUCUGAACUAGGAUCAACUUUAUACUGUAAGGCAGGAGUCCCCAACCGUUUUUUUUUAUCUGAGAGCCACAUUCAAUUUAAAAAAAAUUGGGGAGCAACGCAAGCAUGAAAAAGUCCAUUGGGGAGCUAAAUAAGUGCUACGAUUGGCUGUUUGGUAGCCCCUAUGUGGACUAGUGGCUCUGUUUGGCACUAUUCUUAGUUUUUCUGCAAUUAAAACUUAUUUCCAAGCCUGGAAUUCAAAAAUAAGCUCCUGUUUUGAGGCCACUAAGAGCAACAUCCAAGGGGUCGGAGAGCAACAUGUUAUAAGGAGACGUUGGGGAUCCUCCAUGGGAGGCGCUACUGCACCGUGUCUCUAAUAUUUCAUCCGUUUGGUGUCUGAAAUAAAACCACUGCAGCAGAUUUUACAGUCCAGAACAAGAAAUUGGACACGUUUAAACCAUGAGCAGUAAUCCCAGGAGUAGGGGUGAACCUCUCUGUUUAUCCUGGGUGCAAAUAGCAGUGGUCUGCUCCGUCUUACCCCGGAUAUUAGAUAGAUAUAAAUAUAUACACAGUAUACUCCAUAAAAGAGAGACCCUAUUCUAUUCAGCCAGAAGGCAAAUGUUUAUUUGUACCCAAUGAAAGGUCUUUUUUGGGAACAGAGACCCCACUAUGGUUUAGUAGCAGGGUCAAUGCUUUUUUUUUUUUUCUUGGGACGUUAUUUUUGAAUUCAGAUGAAGGGCUUGUGUGUUGAAUAUAGAGAAAUACUGUACACCCCCAUGACAAAUAUUACUGAUUGACACCUCAUUAUUCUAUUUCUGAAUCUGACCCAAUACUCCAGGUCCAAUGGUUAAUAUUCUAUUAGAAUUCCGUCUGCUGCUGCAAUUUUAUUAUAAUCUACCCCCCCCCCCGCUCUCUACUGUGCUGUCGUCUUACUCCGGGUUGGGGGCUUUUUGCAUUUGGUGCCCCCCACGCAUGGAAGGAGGAACCUUAUAUGUUUACCUGGAAUGUAUUUUAACUAUUUUUGUAUAGAAACCUGCACAUUUUUGUACAUUUGUGCUUUUUAUUUGAAUCUGAUCUGUUUAAUAGGGUGUGCUUGUAUUUGGGCCCCGGGGCCACCCCCCUUUAGGGCUGAUGACACCAUUAACGACAAACUGAAAUGACCACUGUUCUAACAACUCUUAUUUUCCCUUCAUAUUUUAGGAGUAUAUCCUGUGUGAUAUUGUCAUUAAUUUUGUUUCUGACUGUAAUGCUCCUAUUUAUUGAAAUGUAAUUAAAUGAGUUCUGGUGA